AGCCCUAACGCGCGCACCCAGUGUCUAGGCUUGUCCGUAUCCGGUAGCCCACGUAGGAAGCCGUGGUAGCAGGAGCAGGUAGAGGGGCUUCGAGAAGGAGACGGCGACAGCGCCCCCACUCGGCGGUUCAAGCCAGGAGCGCGGGUACCCGCGAAGCGCAGGUCUCUGGGGAACGCGCCAGGUUGGCCCUUCGCCGCCCGAGCCCCUCCGCCCAUUUGGUUUCGGAACCCCCCGGGAGGAGGCUGACCAUUCUACCUCUUGUGGCCAUAAUGCUGACUGCCCGCCUCUUCAGACCCCUGUCACAACUCCCAGGGAAAACCCUGAGUUUGUGUGAUAGAGAAAAGGGAGCAAGACGCAUGCUGCUGCUUUACUCCGCCUCCCCUGUCCCUGUCAGCCUGCGCACUUACUCUGAUGAGGUGAACCCGGUUGGCAGCAAAGCUGUCCUGGUCACAGGCUGUGACUCGGGAUUUGGGUUCUCGUUGGCCAAACAUCUGCAUUCAAGAGGCUUCCUUGUGUUUGCUGGCUGCUUGAUGAAGGACAAAGGAAAUGAUGGGGUCAAGGAGCUGGACAGCUUGAAGAGCGAUCGACUAAGAACUGUUCAGCUCAAUGUCUGCAAAAGUGAGGAAGUGGACAAAGUGGUGGAGAUUGCCCGCUCGAGCCUGGAAGACCCUGAGAAAGGCAUGUGGGGCCUGGUCAACAACGCGGGCAUCUCGACUUUCGGAGAGGUGGAGUUCACCAGCAUGGAGACCUACAAGGAGGUGGCAGAAGUGAACCUCUGGGGCACGGUGCGGAUGACAAAAUCCUUUCUGCCCCUCAUCCGAAGGGCCAAAGGUCGCAUUGUCAACAUCAGCAGCAUGCUGGGCCGCAUGGCCAACCCAGCCCGCUCCCCAUAUUGCAUCACCAAGUUCGGGGUGGAGGCUUUCUCUGACUGCCUGCGCUACGAGAUGUACCCGCUGGGCGUGAAGGUCAGCGUGGUGGAGCCUGGCAACUUCAUUGCUGCCACCAGCCUCUAUAGCCCUGAGCGGAUCCAGGCCAUUGCCAAUAAGAUGUGGGAAGAACUGCCUGAGGUGGUGCGCAAGGACUAUGGCAGGAAGUACUUUGAUGAGAAGAUCGCCAAGAUGGAGACCUACUGUAACAGUGGCUCCACAGACACAUCCCCUGUCGUCAAGGCCGUCACCCACGCUCUGACCUCUGCCACGCCCUACACUCGCUACCACCCCAUGGACUACUACUGGUGGCUUCGAAUGCAGAUCAUGACCCACUUGCCCGGAGCGGUCUCCGACAGGAUCUACAUACACUGAAGAGUUUCCCACUGGCCUCUGUUGGGGAGCCCUGGUGGGAGGGAAGGAGGGAGGGGGGGAAGGGAAGGAGGAUCUUGACUACCUACUUGUGCAUUAUCCACACACAGUCUCAGGAGGACCUACCACCCGUUUUAGCAUUAGCCAGAGGGGACAGCCCAGACCUACUUGUGCGCACAACGAGUGGUCUGGGCCUUCGCAGUCAUGGUAUGGAGUGGUGUGCAGGGCCCCCAAACCUCAGGGCAAACACGGUACAUCCAACUCUCUGGAGCGGAUUUCAUACAAAGCGUUUGGGAAGACAUGUUUAUAUUAAAAACAGAUUUAUUAUCAAUUCUUCACAUUUUAAAGCCAAAACAUCAGUUCAAAAAUGUAUCUCAUUUGAUUCUUAAACCAGCCCGAUGGGUAGAAAGGACAGAUAUUCUUUCCUUUGGUACAUGAAUUUGCGGCCCAAAGAGGACACACGAGCAACCCAUUUAUUGCUUGUAAAUGGUCUGGGUUGUGUGCUCCUGCCACUGCUGUAGAAUCGCCUCAUGUUUUGUGUUCCAGGGCUGCUCUGAAUCCAGCUACCUGAGAAUCCUGUGAUGAGCUCUGUAUCCUCACCUGAGCACCCCUUUGCAUGUCCAUGGUGCCUCUGUGUGUGACCCAGAGCCAGCAAUUCGAAGGGGUGGGGACAUUCUGGAAAUUUCCAUUUGUGAUUUCUCCAACCUCUCUUAGGACUUGUGUACAGGUGCUCGUUGGCUAAGAGGUUGGUUUGUUUCUGGUUUGAGUCUGCUUAGUUUUGCCUGGGGUGCGACCAUGGUGAUGGGGCAUCCUUGGCAGGAACCGUGCGUGGUACAUAAGCUUGCACCAGGGGUAGGUCCAGGCUCCCUGCCUGUCUCAUGUAGUACGUGUAUACACACAUACACACAGUGUAGCCUUCACACACAGACACACACAAACUCAGGGUGGCCUUUACUGAUGGCUUGCUUUCCCGCUAUGGCCUUAUUUCUAAUCAAAAGCCAGGUCACUGAUAGGCAGAGUGUAUUAUCACUUCUUGGGUUUGGGUUUGCAAGUGGCUAUCCCUGCAAUUGUCCAGAGCCUGGAUGUUUGGAUCAAAACCAGGCCCCACUCUCUCCUCCAGGUGGCUCCCCCCCCCCCCAACCCCCAUGGUAGAGUCCUGAGCGCUAGCCCUUCAAAUCAAACCGGCACUUCCACCUCUCCCUGGAAUGGCUAGGACGGCCGCUAGAGGGCGUUCUGCCUCUUCUGCAGCCCCUGUGGCCUCUUCUCUGGACUUGGGUGCUUCCACCCAUGCCUGAGGUCUCAGAGGGUUCCAGAUCCCCACCUCCCAGACAAUCUGGGCACAAAAACGCAAGACCCUUUUAGAAACAGCACUCCUGCUCAAUAGCUGUCUGGCUUAAAGGCGGAGCCUGGCACCAGGAAAAGGCAGAAGAACAGCUGUGCAGCUGGGCCUGGCCUCCGGCGGGGCUCAGGCAGUGCCAAGGAAUAGGGGGUUGGACAAGGAGGAAAUUCAGCCUGCCUUUUGGGCCUUGGUCCCCUCUGUCUUUAAUCAGAGAUGCCCUACCCAGCCACCUGUCAGCAGGGGGAGGCCUGAAAGGGCCUGUGGGGAUGAUGGGGUGGGCAGGCAGGGCUGAAGCCUUUUAGAGACCAGAGGUGGACUUUUGAUGGCCAUCGUGUUCACAUAACAAUCACAUCCUUUUAAAUCACAGAGCUUACCUUUCAGGAUCGCAUUUCUACAUCUUGGGAGGUUUUGUUUUUGUGCUCAAAUUUAUGAAAGAGAGGUGGACACGACACUUGGAGUUACAUGUGUACGUGGACACCCGGGAACCAGAGGGAAGGGGAAGCGGUCGGGAUCAGCAGUCACCUGAGCACUGGACCAGCCAUAUCUUCAUCGGCUGGGGUCUCCAGGAGUAAUACAGGGCUGCUAGACUGGCCUCCAGGCUUCCCGGAGUUUUUAUUUUUACCCCAGUGAUUGAAAAGCGCAGACACCUUCUCUCCAGAUAAUCUCAAUGGUAAUGAAAACCUCACAAUUACCUUUCACCCUGGCAGCCUUGAGCCUCCUUGGGUGCACGUCUCGUCCUCAUCCUUACAAGAGACAGCUGAGUGGGCAGAACAGAGGUGGUUGUUCCCAUUUUACAGAUGAUAUAACUCAGACCCAAAGAGGGAAAGUGACUCACCCAGUGUCACAGUGGAUCUGAAUGUCUCCGGAGUGGUGCUGUUCACCAUCAUCUCGCCCCAACAGCCCUGGGAACUAAGCAGAUCAGGGUCCCCUGGCACCUAGACCCUCACUGCUUGUCUGUCAGCAGAGAGCUGCCCCUUCUUGGGAGUGGUGACGGGAGGGAGGAGGCUCCAGUUCUUCCGGGUACAAAUGGCAUCCACUCUCUAGGGUACUCUCCUUGAUGGCCAGAGACUGGGUGAGAGCUUUUUGCAAGAUGCUUCUGACAAGGUGCACUUAACAUUCUACUUGGGACCAAGAAGCUUAUGAGCAGGUGAUGGGCCAGCCUGGCCCUGCCUGCUGCCAGCUGCUGGGAUGGUGUCCCUGUUGUCCUUGGUGGGGGGGGGGCAGUCUGCCAGACUCCCCACCUGUGAGGCCUGUUCACUUCCUGCAUCUCAAAUAGAGCCUGGCUCUGCAAAGCUAUGUGAAGCCCGUCUGGUGCAGGUGCAGACAUGAGCAAGCAGAGGCUCCCUUGCUUGGGUGGCACCAGGCUCAGGCUGCCAGAUAACCACCGGGCAGAGCUGUGCAGUGCUGGGUGCUUUCCACAGCCAGUUCACUGCCGCUCCCCUGAGUCUCACAGUGGCCCUGGGAGGUGGCAGGGUGGGGUUACUAUCUCAUUUUACACAUAAGGAAGCAGAUUACCCCAAGUCUUUUGCCAAGUGAGGGAUAGAACUAGGUGGCCAAGCCAGAUCUAACCUCCAGCCCAGAGCUAGUGAUGCAUGAAAAGCAGGGCAGAUGGCACCAGGAUCUAAAAUAAGGAGGGGAAAAAAAUACCUCAAUUACGUAACAGUGAGAAAAAUCUGUAAGCAUAUACACAGUAACAGCCACAGAGCACUGCCACAUGAGCCAUCCCCUCCUUCCCUUCCCCCUUUGGGCUCCGGGUGCCACUCCCUAGGAGAGCAUAUGCCAGAGGAGCCCAUUAGUGUCCCUCCGGUAGGAAAUGUGCCCUGACUGGGCCAACACUGCCCCCAUCAGUGGCAUUUCUGAGGGCAUGCUCUAGGAAUGCCGAAACCCAACCUUGGGCAGAGACAGAUUCUGUAGCUGCUCCCAGUGUGCUCGAGGGUUGUAUGAGCACGGGGCUUGAGAAUCCACAGAUAAGGAUGUAGAACAAGGAGAGCUACGGGGCCCUGGUGCUCUGCUGGAGAACAAACAGACAAGGCCUUCCUGAUGUGUGCAGGCACUACGGAAGGUGGUUUGUGAGUAGCAGCUUCAGAAGUGUAGGGUGAGACUUGCUGCCCCAGGGACCAGGGCCUUGGACUAGGGCUGGGACAGGCUGCUAGGAGCCCCCAGAACCUCAGAGGGGAAAAGGGGAUUCAACCACCAUCAAGCCUGACUCUCAGCCUCCAGAGAGCUGGCCAAGCCUUGAAGUCCUCCAGUGACAAGAGGCUCAUUACUUCCUGAGACAACGUUUCCUUGGUUGGGGAGAAUUUAUCCAAAGACUGAGUCAAAACCCACCACCCCUAACAUAACUCCUUUGGCAAGUGGCUAUGACCCAGAACUGCACAGGACACCGGGUGUUUGGAAAUGGCCGGGUCACGUUCAAGAGCCCAGGUCCCUCAUUUGGCAAGGUUUCCAUACUCCUCACGCUGAGUGGCCACCUGCGUCUCCUCAAGCAGCUAGAACUUGGAGACAGGUUUCAGUACCUUUGGUGAGAUGCUGACAACUUCUUAUGCUCGUGUGUCCGCUUGUGAGUCAUCUUUUAUCCGAUCCUCACCAACCGCUUAUGACUUAGGCGGGACCACUAUUGCCAUUUUACAGAUAAGGAAACUAAGCCUCAGGGAGGUGACGUGAUUUGCCCGAGAUCACAGGGCCAGGAAGUGGGAGAGCCAAGACAAACCAGGCUUGGAUUCCAUCCUUGGGGCCCCUUCCUUUACUCCCAGGUUGCCUCAGUCUCCCCAUCAGGGCCCUUGAGUUAGGCUGGACCCCACUCAGAGGCUGGCCAUGUAGCCCGUGAGGGAGUGAUGGGGGGAGCACUGAAUUCAGCUCUCUCCUAGCCCACAGUUUCGCAGAGAGCAGUGUGGAAGGGAGGCUAAGGCUUGUGUCUCACUGCGGGUGUGGCCUGUGGGAUCCGCCAGUGGCCUGGGCAUGGGUGAGGGCCUGAGGGUUGGAGAGCGCAGGCCAGGGCCGUGCCUGAGGACCAUUCUGGCUCAGCAUCGAUGGGCACAUGUUAGAGGAGAGAGAGAGUGAAUGGGGACCAACCUCAGGGGAUGUUGGGGCCCAGAAACACCUUGUGCUGCUCUCAGUGAGACUUAAUUACUCUGUAAAAUUGGAGGCUGCUCCCACUUAUCAAAUUAUAGAUGAGCUUAAUUACAGCGCGUUGAGUAAUCACACGGGGUUCCUUCAGAAAUAGCAGUGGGGCUGGCUGCUCUCCUCAGCUUCAGCCGCAGCCACCUCGGUUUCUGGAGGAGCUGCCCGUUAUCCUCAGGGUCAGGGUCUCAGUGUUGCUAAACUCUGCUCUCCAACAACGAGAGUGGGCUUGGCAGACUGUUCUGGGCACCCUUCUCUGUGGGCCAUCCAGCCACGUGUUCCAUUACUGGGCUGUUUACUCUGCGGGGCCUCUCUCUCUCCCCUACUUAACACUGUGU